CUGAAUUUUGCCGACGGUAGUGGAAACGUUACUCCGGUCUGUCAAAAUCUGUCAAAUUCCCAGUAAUCUAAAUAUCAGUAAAUCCAAUGUACACUGUAACCUGCAGUUAAUAAAUAUUACAUUUAGAAGGUGCAAAGUACGAUAAAAACAACUUUUAAUCGACCUCGGAAAUUACUAGCUUAUUCCCUUCGGGCGUGUUAUCGCGGACGUUACUCACUACCCCUUGUCUGUCAAACGCAUCAAGUAACGUUUCAAUUUUUUAUCUCCAGCUGUUAGAAAUGUUAAGAAAUCUCAUUUGAUGUGAUAAUCAUGGACGAAGAAGUGUUUAGAGAGCAUUUAAAUUUCACAGUUUUUCUAGCCCUGAAAAAAAUGUUAAUUUUCCAAAUUACUACCCGAAACAAUGUCUGUCAACUUUCAUCACGGUACUUCGAUAUAUAACGUACAUAUAACGUUUCCACGAAACGGGUCCGUCAUGAUUACCACGUAAGGAUUUUAGAUUCAAACGUUCUUUGUCAUGCUAGUUCAAUCGCUGAUGUUUAUCAUAGUAUGACAGACACAAUAUUUUAAUGUCCGUAUUUUUAUUAAGUUCAGGAAAUGUGCAAACCGUUACGACUUAGUGUCAGUUGACCGACAUGACUAGAACGUUACGGGCUGCUUGACAGAGCUACUCACGUUGCGCGCCACGUUGCUGUAUUCUUGACCGACCGAUGCUGUGCAGUACAUGCAUUUGACAAUAACGUCACAAUUUCGCGAUUCUGCAGCUGAUCAGCAGACAGCUAUACCAAGGCGCGGCGAAAAGAAAUCUUCCGAGCAGUGGCGGUCGUAUCCAGGCGACCAAGAUCGGAUUUGUCAGAUAUGAAGAACAGAGAUUAACGUUUAUAAACAGUGACAAUGAGGGUUGAUCCAGAGAAGAAAGCCCGGCAAGCUGAACGUGCCCGGAAGUACCGCCAGGGUCUGUCUGAAGGUGAGAGGCAAAGGCAGAGGGAAUUGGCCAGGCUAAGGCAGCAACGAUUCCGAGAAAGGAAAAAAUGUCAAAGCAGGUUACCUCACCCAGCAGAGGCAUUGAAGGUGAAGCUACCCAUAAGGACCUCGAGCAAGAAGGAUUCAGUCUCAAAGGCAACGCGAUCGUCAGUUGAAGCAAGACGUGCCUACUGGAGGGAAAGAAAACAAGCUGAAAGACAAAGACUCAAAGAGAAGGAGCCACAAAAACUGAGAAGGAUUCGAGAAAAAGAUCAGAAACAAAAGAGAGAAAAGCGUGAAAUGCAAAAGAAAGUUGCAAGUUCCAGAAGGUCAAAUUGUGCAUCACAGAAUCCAUUCUACAAUCAGAAUACCUUCUACAAUCAUGUUUCCAAAGCAAGGAAAUCAUUGCCGGAGUCCCCAAGGAAGUUUGCGCAAGUUAUCAAGGCACUUCUGAAAAACACCUCACCUCGAAAACAGGCAGCACUGGAAAGGGAGGGAAUACAGUGGAGUACAAGUCCCCAACUUUCACCACGUGAGCUGAAACUACUGCAUCGAAAGUCAGCACUUACGUUUGCACGGAGGGUUUUGGCCAAAAAGAAGAAGCCAGGACGAAAACUCCCAAGGCAUGUUGUGGAGAAAGUGCAGUCUUUCUACAAGCGAGGGGACAUUUCGAGAAUGCUUCCACACAAAAGGUAUGCAACGAAGUGAGAUGGAGCAGCAUAUGUCAUGCAGAUGACGCUCAAGAGGGCCUUCCAGACCUUUUCCAAGGACUCUCCACGGUGCAAAAUAAGUUUUGCCGCCUUUGCAAAGUUAAGGCCAAGGAGUGUUCGACUCUUCUCAAGAAACUUUCAUGACACAUGCCUCUGUGUGUACUGUGCUAACAUCAUGUACAAGGUGCAAACAAUCAAGAAGAUUGUGAAUUCUGGAAAGUGUCAGAGUCCCAGAAUCACUGAUGAAUACCAGUUGAUCGAUCUCCUGCUCUGCCCUUUGCCUGCAAGUCAACGCUUUCACAAGGCAACUUGUAUCAGAGGUGAGUGUGACAAAUGCAGUGAUCUCGGGAAGAAACUGACUGAGUUAUGCCAUGAAUUACUGCAGUCUGAUGAUGGAAUGGACGUAACUUGGAAUCACUGGGAACGUCACACAAUGACAGAUGGAAAGUCGAAACGUGUCCUCAGUACAAAACAUGGUACCCUUGGUGAUCUCGUCGGUGAAUUCAGAAAUGAUGUCCUUUCACCCACACAAGGUUUAAAUUUCGUUCAACACCUCCACACUGCAAGGUGGCAGCAACGACAGUUCCAAAGGAUUAAGGACAACCUACCUGACAAUGUUGCAUUGAUGGUGAUGGACUUUGCUCGGAACAGAAAGGUUUUUUACCAAGAUGAGAUAAAGGCAGCCUAUUUCACUCAACAGCAAGUCACAAUGCAUCCUGUAGUGUGCUACUACAGGGAGGAUGGUAGUGUUGUUCGGGAAUCAGUUGUGUUCCUGUCAGAUGACCUUGGGCAUGAUCACCAUGCUGUUAACCACUUCUUGAAGUGCACAGAAGACUACCUGUCUGCUAACCACACCAUCAACAGAGAAAUCAUAUUCAGUGAUGGGUGCACCAGCCAGUACAAGGGACGCGGCUCAUUUGCUGAUUUGAGCCUCCAGACUGUGAGAACUGAGCGACACUUUUUUGGGUCUGAACAUGGCAAAGGAGAAGGUGAUGGUGAGAUUGGCCUUAUUAACAAAGCCAUUGACCGUGCCAUCUUGUCAAGGGAAGUAGUCAUUAACAGUGCAGAAGAGAUGUUCACAUGGUGCUGUAAGAACUUGUCGUCCUCAGAAAGACCAUCUCGCAGAAAAUUCUUUCCUUGUCAGAAAGGGCGAAAUUAA